AUGCCGCAUAGGAUCUCUACACCGGGAAGAAAGGGCUUGGGUAUUGUCUCCUGGCUUACGAUUAGGCGCGGUCUUCAUACGAGCCCAGAUGAUCGGAGGACGACCGAGUUACGGAAGGAUUCUAAAAAUCAUAAUGACGGCCGCCAUCAUCCUGACGGGCUCAGUAAAGGUUCUGAGACAUCCGUCAACGAUAAAAGUCAGGUCUCCGAGCCGCAGUUACCUGAGCUUAAUCAAAAAGGGCAAUUAAACCGCCAUCUCAGGGACCGAUUGCCACAUAUACCGCACUUGCACCGGCCUACGAAAGAAGAAUUGUUGGCUGCAGCUAAUGGGUUCUGGUCACGACUUAAGGUCCGGUUCAAGUGGUUUUCUAUACGAAGUGUCAGGCCUUUCAAUCUGGAUGAAAUAACCGCUCUCUUCUCAUGGGUGCUCCUGGGACAUGUGGUUUGGGUAGUCUUGGGUACUACCACUUUCUUCUCAUUGCUUAUCAUUGCGAUUAAUACCGUGUUCGCCCAAGAAACAUUGGCUGGUUGGAUCGGCAAUUAUCUCACCAAGUCUUCCGGUGUAAAGGUCGUCUUCGAGUCUGCAAUUGUUCCGAAAUGGAAAGAUGGCGUGAUCACGUUCAAGAACGUCUUUGUUUCCAGGCGACCAGGACAAGGAACGGGGCAUGUAAGUAAGGGCUCUUCGAAAACCGCUGCUGCUGUCGCCGCCGCCGCCCUCGGGGAGCAAACCAACCCUGAACUGCCCGAGCAGCGGCCCGUGUCAGAUGAAGAGGACACCAACUACACACAAUUCGAUGUGUCCAUCGAAACGGUCAAUGUUACCUUGUCAUUCACGAAGUGGAUCAACGGUAAGGGACUUCUUCGUGACGUUGAGGUACGGGGCAUUCGCGGGGUAGUCGACCGCAGAUAUGUUCACUGGUCAGAUGACGAUCUUGAUCCCAAAUCUUAUCGACACGAGCACAAUCCUGGUGAUUUCGAGAUUGAUUCUUUUAAGAUGAGCGAUGUCUUGGUUACCGUGUACCAGCCAGACAACUUCAGACCCUUCCCUGUCAGCAUCUUUUCAUGUGAUUUGCCUCAAUUGAGAAAACAGUGGCUAUUCUAUGACUUUAUGUCCGCCAAUAUGAUGUCGGGGUCAUACGAUAACUCAUUGUUCACAAUCCACCCUCGACAAACUCAUGGCUUUACCGGGGCACAGCUGGAAAAUGGAGGUGAAGAAGAUGGUAAACCGAGUCCAUGGAAGAAGCAUAGCAGGAUUCGCAUUGAUGGUCUAAAUAUUGAUCAUCUAAAUCGGGGAGUCCAGGGCCCGUUUUCUUGGAUACAUGAAGGAACGGUCGACAUCGUUUCCGACAUCAUGUUUCCCGCGGAGAAUGAUGAAAGCCUUGCGAAGGUUAUGGCCGGAUUCUAUGAUCGGCUAGAAGCGACAGUCGCGUCUAACCUGGACCUUGAGUCGACCACGUCCAACAUAAAUUCGUCAGAAGAAACUGCUGCCGAAGAUGACCGGCGAUUCCUAGUCACCGAUCUCCGCCUCCACUUGAACAAUGUCAGGGCCGUUGUUCCUCUUUUCACACGUGACCUUUCAUAUAUCAACAAUGCGCUUAUUAGACCCAUUGUUGCCUAUAUUAAUUCAAGGCGUACAUUCAUUCCAGUGAACUGUCGCCUCGUCAAACGCCUCGGAGAUUUUGAUGGCAGUUGGACCACUUGGGAUAGCGGCUUGAUGGAUGAUCUUUCGGCAGCGGUAUACGAUGCGUUUGCGCGAGAUGUGGUUGAUGAGCAAGCUCGGAAGCGACGUUUCAAGAAAGUUGGCUUCUGGUCACUCCAACUAGCUGCCCAAGCCAUUUUUAUGGGCAUGGCCGGAAAUAUAGCAUAG